AUGUCACAAGAGUUAAUAAGAUCUUAUAUUGAACAAUACUUCACUCAAUUAACAAGAGGUUGUAGAGAGAAUCUAAAGAAUCAUUCUCUUUAUUGUUGUCAUAAUCCAUUAUGCACUAAAAUAGCAGAUCCUAAUAUAGCGGCAGUCAAGGCAAUCGAAUAUGCAAAGAGUUUCAAAGAGAAAUUUCUUUGUGCCAACCUAAAGAAUGAAGAGAAUCUAGUUUACAACAAGGAUUUGGAAUCACUGUUGGAUUACUUCAAGCGAUGUCAGCAAACCAAAGCAUAUCCCACCAUCAUCAAGUUUAUUAAAGAUUAUUUCUCUGUUCCUUCUCGUGUAGAUGAGAUUAUGGUUUCUAAAUUAUUGACAUUGGAAUCAUUGGAUAUUGGUGAUAAAAAGAAAACAACUACAACAACCACAACAACAACAACAACAACUACCACCACAACUUUAAAUAGCAACAGCAUUAUUAACAAAAAGAGCAGUGAUGCAAUAAUAACUCAAGAUAAAGAUAAUUUUUACCAUUUCAGAGGAAUGAAUCUAUUGGAAGCUAGAGAGACUUUUAACUAUCUUUUGUCACUGGAUAGAGACGACAUUACAAAUGCAAUCGUUGAAGCGUCUACAGGUCUGAGCAAUGCAUUAAAGUUUAAUCCAUCGACUUUGAAUUCAGCUAAUGCAUUGAAACCAAUCGUUUUUCUAUUACAAGUAAAUGUUCCAAUGUUAAAUGUUUUAGAGGAUUGGCUCAUUAAUUUUUCAAAGGAUAGUUUCAUUCAGACUCUAACAAACUUUGAACAGUUUAUCUCUGUUCGAUUGAUGACCGUUGACGAUGUUAAAAUUGCAUAUGAUAAACCAAUCAUUGGUGCAUGUGCAUUUCUUGAACUAUUAAAGUUUUACAAUGAUCUUAUCAACAAUAAUUUGGAUAUAAUCGUUGAUUUUUCGAAUUUUUCAAAGAGAACUGGAUUUACAUUUACAACCUAUCCAUUCAUUUUGAAUAUCGAUAUCAAGAGUACCUAUUUACAAAUCGAGUAUACAUUACAACAAAAGAAACAAAAGUCUGAAUAUUUGGUAUUUCAAGUUCGUAGAGAUAAUAUUAUAGAUGAUGCUCUAAAUAAUAUUCAAAAUCAUAAACAUCCAGAAGAGAUGAAAAAAGAAUUAAAGAUUCAAUUCAAGGGUGAGGAUGGUAUCGAUCAGGGUGGUGUACAAAAGGAAUUCUUUCAGAUUGUCGUCAGAAAGAUAUUCGAUCCAGAGUUUGGAAUGUUCAAGUACAACGAGAGUUUAAGAACAUGGUGGUUCAAUACAAACUCACUUGAUAAAUUAGAAUUUGAAUUAAUUGGAAUUAUAUUGGGAUUGGCACUCUAUAACAAUAUUAUUCUGGAUGUACAUUUCCCAUUGGUGGUCUAUAAGAAACUACUUGGUUUUUCUGUUGAUAUCGAUGAUAUAGAGUCAGUGGAUCCAGAGUUGUAUAGCAGUCUAAUUAAGCUGAGAGAUACUGACGAAGAUGUUUCACUCUGGAUGACAACAUUUUCGGUAUCGAUCGACCAUUUCGGUGAGACGAGAAUCAUUGAAUUGAAACCGGGUGGUGAUGAUAUCAUUGUAGAUAAUAAUAAUAGACAUGAAUAUUUACAACAAUAUACACAUUAUUUAUUGGAAUCAUCAAUAAGUAAACAAUGGACAGAGUUUUAUAAAGGUUUCAAAUUGGUUUGUGAUUCACCAUUGCUAAAAUUGCUGAGACCAGAAGAAUUGGAGGAUCUCAUUUGUGGUGUUGAGGAUUUAGAUUUCACAGAGUUGGAGAAAGUAACCAAUUAUGAAGGUGGAUAUACCAAAGAUGAUCAAACUAUUAUAUAUUUCUGGCAAGCAAUUCACAAUUUGUCAAAUGAUAUGAAAAAGAAAUUCCUAUCGUUCACUACGGGAUCGGACAGAGUGCCUUAUGGUGGUCUGGCAAAGAUACACUUCUCGAUUCACAAGCAAAUCGACAGUGAUAGAUUGCCUUCCGCUCAUACUUGUUUCAAUGCCCUCAUUCUCCCUUGCUACCCGACCAAAGAGAAACUUGAAGAUCGUUUAAUGAAAGCUCUAAACAAUGCCGAAGGUUUUGGACUCAAAUAG